CAGCAUAUACCUGAAAAUGGGCGGAAAGAAGAUCACAAAGAAGUCUCUAACGAGCAAAUCAGGACCUACCCAUCCAAAUUCACGUAGAGCAUUGCAACUACAACGGAUCGACCAUAGAACAAACAAGCUACAACUAGCCAAAAAGCUGAGAAAGAAGAGUUCCGAUAGCAAAGUAGAACGAAUUUUAUCAUUGAUCAUUCUUCUACCGCCGGAUCUACGAUACGUUCCCGAUCUGGCCUAUCUGCAUUCGUUCAUUCAAUCUUCUUUCUUGGAAAGACAUUCGGAUGAACUCAAAGAGAUCGAAGCACAACAUAGACCCGGAAGGCCAACACCUAUGCCUUUGAUUCAAUUACGCGAAAGGAUUGCAAGAGAACGUUUGGAGUAUGAAAAUGGGAUCGAUAUACCCGAUCUGAUGAACGAAGCAAAUGUGAAAAUUUUACGUGAUUGGCAAGGUGAUGUAAACGCUUUGGGUUUGUUUCGUUUCGUUCGUAUUAGCGGUAGUGAUAAAGAACAAUAUGUAAUCACUCAACAAGGCUCACACAAGAGUAUCGCAGAAUCAGUAGAACAGCAAAAAGCACAAGCAGUAGCUGAAGAAGAAAAGAUGAAAGGAUAAUGUUUAUACAACAAUUGGCAUUCGAAAGGCAUUUGUAUUAUAUCUAUAAGGGCAAUGAACAUGUGUAAUGAUAGAGA